AUGUUCUUUCCUCGUUUGUUCCAUGGCCUGCCAUCGGAGGAGCAAGCACGGCUGGUGCGUGAGGAGGCAGAACGUGAGAGACAACGAGUGCAAGAGGAGCAAGAGCAGCUUGCUCGCGAAGAGGCGGAACAACAGAUGCGAGAGGAAGAGGAGGCCCGGAUUGCGGAGCUGGAGGAGAUCCGGCGCCAGGCUGCAGAAGAAGAGCGGCACAGGGGCUCGGCUUCAGAUGCCCAGGCCAUACUAGAGGACAGCUUCGCAGCGGACUUCGAUUUGCAAGUCAUCGAGGUCUCGGAUGUGGACGAGGUGCCCAAGGAGUGUGACUCCAGGACGGAUGGCCCGAAGAUCGACCUGCCGGGGCCAACGGUGGAGGUCUUGGAAAGCUGGAGUGAAGAAGCCUCCUCCUCUAGCGACUUCGAGGCGUCACCGGAGAAAGACCAUGCCAAAGCGGAAGGAUGUCGUCGAGCGACCUCAGUCUCAGGUGUGCUCAGCUACUCGGUGGCGGAACCAGAGGCGGAGCUGGCGAAUGCACCCAGCCAGGAGGUGCCACAGCCAGAGGUGCCACAGGAGCGGCAGAAGCAGGUGGAGCCGCCAGUUGCAGAUGAGAGUCCAAAGCCGCUAAAGCAGCCGGUGGGACCUUCAGGCCAGGAUCAGGAGCGAAAAAGCAAGGAAGUUCCGACUCCGAGCCAAGCUCCUGUCCACCAGCCCACGGUUGCUGGCAACAGCAGCAAUGCCGUGCCAACGGUGGAGAGGAUUGACACUAGCGCAAGCGAAUCCAAUGUGGACCUGGCACAGCCUUCCAAUGCAUGCCAAAAGGCCAAGGUCAGUGUUGGGACCGUCGUGCAAGAGGAGCAGGUGAGAUCUGCGGAGGCUGCACUGAGAUGCACUGAGCUGGCAAGUCAAAGUGAGAGCAAGCAUGAUGGCGGAAUGAUGCCAGUGCCUGUGGGAGCCGCCAGCUAUUCAGCCGCCCAUGAAGCAGAAGCAGUGCUUUUGGCGAACAGAUCAGAGGCAGAAGUCUUUGCUUCCUGGCGCCAAGAGGCACGGCGGCUUGGCCGUGCCACAGCGGCGCGACCCUUCGAUGAGGAGGAAAGCCGGGCGCGGGCGGAGGAGGCCGAUGGCGAGGAGGAAAUGGAACGACACUCCGAUGUGAGAAGCCGAACUGAUGAGGAUGGAAGAAGACGACGCAGAUUAGAUUGGCCCAGGCACAGCCGGAGCAGCUCGGAGGAGGGUCAACGUGCUCAAGCACCCCGUGCCACUGGCAGCGCUUCCUCUCACAUUCGUGUGGAGGAGUUGGCCCAAAGCCGAGUUGGAAGCAAGCAAAGCUCCAAAGGCCUCAAGGGUCAGACUCCACGAGAAAGAGAGGCCUUCCUCUUGGAGGAUUCGCCGGAGGCGUCAGAUCUGCAGAAGUGGACUGAAGACCUACGGCGAUGGGCUCAGGAAGUGGAUGUGGAGGAUGAGCUCCCUGAGGCGUCACGCGAUUCAGCCACCUCCAGGCGGAAUUCCUGGAUGAAGGAGGCCGUGGAGGAUUCCUGGAGGCAAUCGCUGGCGUGGGAGAAGUCGGACCCUGCGCAGCCGUGCCUGGCGGAUCCGAAGGGAGUCAAGGAAGACGAGGACUCCGAGGAUGCGGCUUCAAGGCAUGAAGCGGCCACACGCUUUGUGGAAGCCUUCAAGGUGGGGAUACCGAGCCAUAGGCUCCGCACUCAGCCGUGUAGGUAG